ACAACAAAGUAGUAAUCGAAAUGUCUGAAUGUGCUGAUAACAUUGCGUACAAUAAAGAUGAGUUGGUCCCACCCGGAUGGUUAGACAAAAACUUCAUCACGGAUGUCUUGAGCAAACAUGAAAAGGCACCUGAGCUCCAGGUAACCGAUCUUAGAUUCUCGCCGGCAUGCCUCAAGGGAGAGCAUUAUGCCAGCAUCAUGUUCCGGGCCAAAGCCAAAUAUUUAAAAGAGAAAGGGGACUUUGAAAAGUCGCUCAUCAUCAAAACGAUGCCAGAGGAGGAGGGUCACAAGAAGGAUUUGAUUGGAAGUUCUCCGCUCUUUGAAACCGAGGUGGGAAUGUACUCCAAGGUGCUGCCCGAGUUUGAGAGGAUCCUCCGCCAGGCAGGAGCACAUACGAAACUCUGUGCGGAUUGCAUAUAUCACAGUCUGGAACCUCGAAAAAUACUCAUCUUUGAGGAUCUCAAGGAGACGGGUUUCUUUGUGCUGAGAAAUCGGGAAGCGAGCAAAGAAGAAGUAGAUCGCGCCUACUUCAAACUGGCCAAGUGGCAUGCCGCCAGUCUGAAAGUGCAGGAAGAGAAACCUGAGCUACUUAAGGAAUAUACCCAUGGGCUGUUGGAGAUGCCGCAAAUCAUGCAGGAGUCCUUUAUGAAAACCGGAAUGCCCUAUUUCGUUGAACUCCUGUCCAAUGAUCCGGAGCUGAUCAAGUACAAAGCCUAUUUUGAGCAAAUUAAACCUGACUUUCUGGAACGACUUAAGGGAGAGUGGAAAGGCUUAAGAGAUAACCCCGAGGUAGACCAAUACAGGGUACUUUGCCAUGGUGACCUCCACCUACGCAACAUGAUGUUCCAGUAUGAGAAGGGAUCCUUUAAGGACUGCAUGCUGCUGGACUUCCAGAUAAGCCACCUCUUUCCGCUGACCUCAGAUCUGGUUUACUCGAUAUAUAUGCUAAUGGAGCCAGAGCAUCGAUGGAAGUUUUGGGAUGAUUUUAUUGAUUACUACUUUUUCGUUUUCCGUAAUACUCUUGAGGAAAUCGGUUACAAGGGUGAAAUGCCCACUGAAGAUGGUCUUUGGGAGCGCUUAAGACAGCACAAAUAUUAUUAUUGUAUAAUCUUAUUCGACUGACUUCCGCAGAGUACUUCUUCAUAACCACGUUCCUGCCUCUAAUGUGGGCUCUUAGGGAGACUUCCGUUGACUUUGGUGAACUUUUGCAAGAUGACGAAAGACGUCGGAAAUGCUAUUACUCUGAGGGUUACAUCAAGGAUGUUAAGAAAAUACUCUUUCGAUUGGAUUUAUAUGGAUACUUUAGUGAUGUCUAAACAGAUAACAUUCUUUAAAACAAUAUUAUAUAAUGAUCUGAAAUCUUAA